CGUCCUGGCACAGAGUCCACAUUUGUUUUUUUAGGCUUUUCCUAAAUUUAGGCGCUCCCCCACCUCUGUUCUGAUUAUCUACCGACUGAUGAGCUACAGAGACUAUAACUCUAUUUUCUCUCUCACUGAUCCUUAACUCUCAUAGUUUCUUUUUUUUUCUUUCUUUCCUACAAAAUUUAUUUCAGAAAGGAAUGCCUCUUUACUUAAAAUUGCUUUGUUCACAUGGAAUUCCCACUUUUAUCCUUCUCCCGAGAUCAACUACCAAUUUGAUAUUCCGACUCAAUCAAUCCUCUUCAGCACCGAUAAUGGUAGCUAAAUAUAGAAAGGAUCAGCUUUUGCGUGAAUUGAAUAGAAGAUAUGAACGUUCACUAAAUUUUAAAAAGAAACCAAACAAAUUGACAAACGAUGGAGAACUACUCCCAAGAAUUGGAUCUAUUGCUGCACAAAGAGUUUUGAGUUCUGACAAGGAACGAGUUGAAUUAAUUAAUGAAAGGGCUAGAAAUGUUUACAAAAAAGAAUUUAUCAAUAAAACUCAAAAAAAGAACGAACAAGAAAUUUUACCUUACAAAAUUGAGCAAAAUCCUGAUUUGUUUGAUAAAAGUGGGGGUGAAUUGGAAAAGUCUUCCAAAGAAUUUAAUUCAGAGGCUAAAGAACAGGAUAGAAGUGAUGUUGGUUUCUUUGUUUCUGAUAAUAAAUUUUGUGAUGAUUAUGCAAUUGCAACUACUGCAGACCUUCCAGAGGAUGAAAUGACAGAACCAGAAAUUGCGUAUUAUGGAAAUGUUAAUGAGGCUGUAGAAAAUAUUGAAUUUCAAUUACCUUUGCAAAGUCCAACUCCGAAGGGAAAGAAUAUUUCCUCUGAAGAUGCUUUAGAAUCUGGUGAAUGGUUAAGUAAUUACGGAACAACCGAAAUCAAAGAGGAUCAACUCAAAAAUAUUAAAAUUCUUGAUUCAAAAUGUGAGAGUUGUGGAGCACAAUUUCAUUGUCAUAAUUCUUCUCUUCCUGGCUUUGUCCCUUUGGAGUUGUUCAAUGAAAUUAAGAAAAAUUCCAAAAAAAUUCCUUUUUAUCAAAAAACUGGAUAUACUUGUAGACGUUGUUUUCUUCUUAAAGAAUAUAAUUUUCUGUUAAAUGUAAAUGUUUGUGAACUCGAUUAUAAUGCAAUGAUGGGACAUUUAAAAUUAGUUCAAGAAGCUCUAAUUCUUUUAAUUGUUGAUUUGACUGAUUUACACAGUUCCAUUCAUCUUGAUUUGCCGAGGAUUAUAGGGCCUAAAAAGCCUUUAAUUGUUGUUGGCAAUAAAGUAGAUUUAUUACCUCCUGACACUCGAACUGGAUAUUUGCGUCAUUACCAAAGAUGUCUUAAAAAUGCAAUAUCUGAAGCGGGAAUAUCUCAAGAAUUCAAUAUUUUAAAAUAUAUGUUAAUUAGUGCAAAAACAGGUUUUGGAAUAGAAGAAAUGAUAACUAAUAUUUAUCAAAAUUGGAUUGGACCUAGAGGAGUAUUAAGAGGCGAUAUUUAUGUGAUAGGAUCUACUAAUGCUGGAAAAUCGACUUUGUUUAAUACUUUAAUUCAAUCUGAUUUGUGUAAAGUUAGAGCAAUGGAUUUGGUUGAAAGAGUAACAACAUCAAUAUGGCCUGGGACAACACUUUCAUUACUAAAAUUUCCAUUAAUGAAUCCAACACCUCAAAGAAUGGAAAUGAGAAGGCAAAGAUUAAUUAGUUUAAAUUCUUGGAGAAGUAAAGAAGAAUUUGUUCGUAAAUCUUUUUAUGAAAAAACUAGUGAUACAAAAUAUGCUGUUUUACAAGGAAUUGUUGAAAAUACGUACAAGGAAAAAGAAGAGGAUUUACAACCAAUUUCAACUUUAAAAAUUAUAAAACAAUUUAAUAAUGAAUUAGAUGCAAAUGAAGUAGAAGAAUUGGUUAAUGAAUCCGAAAAAGUGCCUAAUAUGACUUUGAAUGAUAGAGUUUUUAUGAAGGGAUUUUGGUGUUUUGAUACUCCUGGAACUGUGAAUAAACAACAGAUAUUAGAUUUAUUUACGUUGAAAGAAUUAAUUAAUAUAAUUCCUCGUUCAAUAAUUUUGCCACGUAUAUUUAUUCUUUAUCCAAAUGAAAGUUUACUUUUGGGAGGAGUUGGAAGAAUUGAUUUAUUGAGUGAUGAAUCAACUGCUAAAAAUAUGCCUAUUUUUUUGACAGUUUUUGCUGGUGAAAAUUUAAAAGUUAAUGUAAUGAGAACAAAUUAUGUUGACACUUUUCUUGAAAAAAAUAGAGGAAAUCCAUCACUUGGUGCACCUAUCGGAAAUGUUGAAAGAUUAAAUAAAUUCCCAAAGUUGGAAUAUAAAGAUUUUUUUAUUGAAAAUGAUUUUUAUUUGGAAGACGAUGAACGUGGAAUUGCUGAUAUUGUUUUGUCUUCACUUGGUUGGGUACUUGUGACAACUAAAAUGAGUUGUGUUAAUAUACGUGCUUGGACACCUUCCGGCCGUGGUUUAAUAACUCGACAACCACCAAUUUUGCCCUAUGCCGCCGCUUAUAGAGGAAGAAAAAUUUUUGGAACUUCAACUUUUCAAACUAAAAAAUUGGCAGAAAUUGAAACAUUCUCCCACACCCAACGAAGUGUUAAACCUGGAAAAAUUGUUGGAAAAAAUUUUGAAAUUGAUUCUUCUUAUAAUGAACCUUAUCGUUUUGUUAAUUUUGAUAUAGUUUAA